UGAUCAGCUGUGUCCAAUCACAGCUGAUCACAUGGCACUGAUGAUCAGUGUAGCCCCAGCAGUGCCACCUGUCAGUGUACAUCAGUGCCUUAUGUCAGUGCCUCGUGCCAGUGCCCAUCAGUGCCACAUCAAUGCCACAUAUCAGUGUACACCAGUGCACAUCAAUGCCACAUAUCAGUGCCCAUCUGAGCUGCCUUUCAGUGUCACCCAUCAGUGCCAGUCAGUGCCAACUAUCAAUGCCAAUCAGUGCCACCUAUCAGUACUGCCAAUCAGUGCC